AUGAAUAUCUCUACAAUCAUAUCUAAAAACUGUUCCUUUAAUAGGACAUUGAUGUUUAAUGUAUGUCAACCUUCCAUGAUAUAUCUGUCAAACACAAUUUCGCCAGUAAAUCCUAUAAAAACACAAAAUCUCAUUGAAAUCGGAGGUUUAAACAAUAAUCAUGCUUCAAACCCUAGGAAUACUUUAAAGAAGAUUGAAACUCCAAUAACAUCUCAUCCAAUUGGACUUCCAGAAUACUUAAAUAAUAUAAAAUAUAAGAAUCCACUCAUAAAUAACUCAAUUUUGACCUAUAUUGAAGAUAGAGUCCAGGAAUACAUCAAUGAUCACACGCAAGAGCAAUAUUUAUUCAACAAACUUAGAAAUGAUACAAAGAAUAGGAAAAGAGCAUUUGUUAAAAGAGGAUAUUUCAGAAGAACACGAUCAUUGAAUAGGAAACUAAACAGACUUUCGUACGCUUACGCUCUGCAAGGAAUAGAUUACGAAAUGGUAGAGAAUCUGGCAAUGGGAGAAAUACCGGACCUUAAAGACUAUUUUAAGUAA